CUGGAGAGAGAGAGAGAGAGAGAGAGAGAGCGCUCAGGGUCGAGCGGAGCGCUUCAGUAAAGGCUGACUCGGAUUUGGACGCGCAGAAGGAGUGAGAGUCUGUUCAGACGAGUGUCCAGAGCUGGUGUGGAUUAGACCGGAGUGCUGUAGAAAGGAAGUCACGUGUUUAGCAGAACUAGACGUUACCGAUAAACCCCGCUGAGGUAACAGAGCGACUAUCGGUAACAGUGUUAGGAUUAGAUUUUAUUAGUAAAAACUACAUUUCUGUACUCUGUCUAUAAGGACGGAGAAGAGUGAUGUGGGAAAACAUUACUUAGAGAAAGAGAGAGAGAGAGAGAGAGAGUAUGUUGGGAAAUGAGUGUUGUGAGUUUUCAGGGAAUUCCCAUGCGCUCUCAGGACGCCUUUGUUGACCAGUGGAGGUGGAGGAGAGCGCGCGUGCAGCUGCACUGAACCGGAAGAGCAGCGCGGUGGGCGGGACACAGACACUCAGACGCCGACCCGCCGAAAACUUCUCAACUUUCUGGCAACUUUGUAAUUUUUUUUUUUUCCGGCACGUCUUAAAAGAUCCGCACAUGCCGUAAGGAAAAAUGCACCCAUUUUAAAGAUCUGGUGAUCAGUGGAGACAAUCAAGGCAUUGAAUUUAGUGGAAUAUAUAAACACAGGAGGUGUUUAAAGCCCGAAUGCAGGUUAGAUUUUACAUGAUUGUGGCCUCAACCAAGAAGAAAACAAAUUUAUAUUCAAGUAGAGUGCGUGCGUAAUUACGCAUAUUAGCACUUUUAUGUAUAGCCACGUAUAUAUGCAGGGUGACUUCAGCAUCACUUGAUUUCAUUUAAAAUGCAGCUGUUUUUUUUUUUUUUUUGCACGACUCGGGGUGGAUGACGAGUUCUGCCGAGUUUAACGUGACCCAAAUCAAGAAAUGCAAAUGGCUGCAGGUGUGCGGGCCCCGGAGCGUUAGAGACUCCGAGGUGUCGGGAUCAGCUCGGAUCUCUCAGCACUCUGCGCGCGCGAACCCGCGGCCCCCUUGUCUCCAUAGCAGCCGCCCGAGCGGCGCCGCGAGAUUCGGGCCGCGGGGCCGCGCUGAAUGGGUGACGUCACGUGCCUGGCGCCAGAGAGUCUGCGAGAGCACGAGCUCGCUUCUCCUCUCUCCACCCUACACUGCACUGAGCUGAUCUGCUCUGCCGAACCGGGUGCCAAUUCAUCACCUGUCAGGAAUCAGUCAGGGCGCCGUGCGAAAUGUACACAGCUGUGAGAACAAAAAGAAAAGAAAAAAGGCGGGGUCGGGAGCGAUCGAGACAGAAAAAAUACCCCGAUCGCACCAGAUGUGGACAGGAUCUUAAAGAGUCCCAGAUCUCAUCAUGAUAGAAAAUACGCCAAGGAGUGUGUGGCGCCCUGGGAUAGUAAAUGUUGCGCCUGGAGCGCAGUGAAGCGCAAUGCAAAAUCAAAGAUUUAAAUAUAAACACUCAGCCCUCCAUGAUUGAUACAGGUAGAAUAUCAUCCAUGCUUUUGUUCUGGAUAGUUAGAAAUAAGAUUGCAUGCAAAUCAGUGCAUUCCAGCACAUAAGCAUCGCACUGCAUUCCAGCACACUUCUGCAAAACGUCUCUCUGGUCAGAUCAGAUGGAGGUUGGACAGGAAACCUUAUUUGUCUCUCAGGUAACCUCCUGAUUACAGCUGUAAUAAAGCUUAAGGUAUAUGUUAUGCCUGUUUGCUUUAGAUUUAUUGUGCAUCUACACUUCAAAAUCUACAAUGCUGUAGUAAUAUUUACAGCUGGGGCUAGGCAGACUGUCUCUUUCUCUCUCUCUCACACACACACAUACACACUUACUUUUUUCUUUUGCAGCUGGAACAGUAGGUCUUACACUACACAUUAGCACCAGAGUAUGAUUAUUAUACCUAAAUAAUGUAUUAGUUCCUAUCCUUUAAAAAUCUGGAGACAGUGAAUGUGUUCUAUUGCAUUUCACCACGCAUGAAUUUUACUUCAAUUAAAAAUUGUUGAAAAAUCUACAUGGGCAUUACAUUCCUUAAAAUAGGCUAAUCCUGAUAACCUGAUAAUCAAGAAGGAUGAGAGACAGUCCUCAGGGCUUAAAUACGGGCCUCGUUGACAGAUGCAGUGUGUAAACAGGAGCACAAGCAAUCACAGCAACACAUUUCCAACCAUUUAAUCAAAGAUCAUGAGUAGAAAUAAAAAAAAGUCAAUUUGGACUGGAUCACCUGACUUUGGCUAGAACCUAUUCGCACCCAUAACCAUUACAGCUACCUAUGCAUGCAUGCAUGCAGGAGCAUCUUUUAUAAUAUUACAGCUUGACAAAUAAUAGGACAUUUGAUUAAAUGAUCAAAACCAUGUAGAUGUUGUCUAUACAUGCAGGUAAUCAUAUAGGUAUUGACACGUGAAUUAACAGAAUCCUGUUCCAGUGUGUGAUUGCUGUUUGUUGUUCUGUCUUGGAGGAGUGAUUCGGAUAAAACGACACCUCGGCACUGAACCAGUCUCUUGUGAGGAGUGAGCGACUCUCCUGAUCAGGAACAGGUAUACUGAAUUGCGGAAUUAGCUCUGAAAGCUGAAGGUAGUCAGUCAGCAGCACGUCGCGCGCGCGCUCACUGGUUAAAAAAAAAAAAUGAGGAAAAGAGGGGCGGGACUUGCGCGCUCGCUUCACGGGCCAAUAGCGUGGCGAGAGAGAGAUGAUUGACGCGAGGUACCGGUCCAAUCCACGAGGUCUACAACACCGCGUCAAAACCCACCCAGCUGGGUAUAUAUUCAGCGAUGACAGCUUGUUAAUCCAGUGCGUUUGCUUCCACACUGCCGCAAGCACAACUAGGACAAAUAGUAAUAAUCGAAGUAGCCUAUUAUCUAAAAAUCGUCUCGCCAUACAAACUUCAGCAUGAAAGCUAUAAGUCCAGUGAGGUCUUUCCGGAAAAGCGGUGCGAGCGUGACGGAGCAAAGCCUCGGAGUGUCUCGGAUGAAGAGCCCCGCGGAUGACCCUCUCAGCCUGCUCUACAACAUGAACGACUGCUACUCCAAACUGAAGGAGCUCGUGCCCAGCAUCCCGCAGAACAAGCACGUGAGCAAAAUGGAGAUCCUGCAGCAUGUCAUCGAUUACAUCCUGGAUCUGCAGAUCGCCCUCGACUCCCACUCCGCGAUCAGCAGCAGCAGCAGCAGCAGCACUCUCCAUCACCCCCGAGCCGGCCAGGGCUCCUCCAGAACACCGCUCACCACCAUCAACACAGACAUCAGGAUCCUGUCCUUACAGACGCCGGAGUUUCAGUCAGACUUGAUCACAGAGGACAGUCGGACACUUUACCGUUAAACAGGUGUUUGCUUAAGCCGUGAACACACAGGACCCGGGAAUUGAACCGAUCCUCUCUCCCCCUCAACACGCUCAAUUUCUGUUCUCGCCUGGAUCUUUUUUCCCUCCUGAAUGAAGAGGACAAUGUAUGUGAUGUGUUUCUUGGUUCGGACAUUGAUUUUAUUUAUCUAAAGACUCGUUUAGUCUUUGUUUAGUUCUUUUUUUCCCCCCCUUUCAAGACGAAGAAGCACUAUAUUCCCCAAAGCGGGAGGGAAACCGGAAUGGAAGAUGUCGCAUUCUCUUAAAUGUGGCUGUUUUGGUGGUGAAGACGGUGUGAAUAGAAGCCGGUGCGCUUCAGUUACUGUACAAAGUUUAGUCUCUUUGUUUUUCUUUUCUUGUUUUUGCGACAUUCUUCGGGCACGUGAAGGACUGGACGGCCAACCUGACAUGCGCGUGAAACCUCGUGAACUCUCUCCGAGUUGUAUCCUGUAUAGUUGCAGUCGCUGGCCUCUGCCACGCUGCAAAGUGUCAUGCUGUAUUUAAUUAUGCUGAAACUUUUUAUAAAAGUAAUUGUAAAGCGUACCUUUUUUAUAUAUAAAAAAUAAAUCAAAUGCUUUAUUUGAA